UUCUGUCCAUAGGGGCAUUUCCGUGAUUCUAACCAAAACGGAUGGCGGUUUCGUCUCCUACAGCGACCGCCAAAAAAACCCUAGAUACUCCCAAUUUCGAGACUUUUCAUUCCCCUUGGCUUUUCCUUUUCGGUUUUCUUCGGAUUCAAUGAGUUAUUAGGGUUUCACGCGCCCCCUGAGGCCUCUUUAUUCCUCGCUCCGUCUCUUCCUUUCUCAUUCCCCUGAGCCAAGACAGCUUAGGGGUUCCCAAUUUUUUUUUUUUUUUUUGUUUUUUUUUUCUCUUGUUUUCUCCGAAAUAGCGGUGCUAUAUCUCUCGGUUUCUUGAUCGCCAUGGCCAAAAGGGUUCUUUGCAAGUUCUUUGCCCAUGGAGCCUGUUUAAAAGGGGAGCACUGCGAGUUUUCACAUGAUUGGAAGGAUCCAUCAAAUAAUAUAUGUACCUUUUAUCAGAAAGGAGCUUGUGCCUUUGGUAGUCGAUGCAGAUAUGAACAUGUUAAAGGUUCUCGGGCUCAGUCAUCUGGUUCGUCUUCAUCAGCAAAUUCUCAUCAAUCUCUGGCUUUUGAUUCUGCUCUUGCUCAUCCCUCAAGAACUGCAUCAAGUGGAGUUGCUUUAGUCCCGGGCACUCUUUCUGAGCUCUCUGCAUUUAGUAGUCCUUUCUUACCUCCCCCUAAACCUGCAUGGAGUGAUUCUCUGGAUGAUGGUGAUUUUGAUCACAAUGAGGAUGAUGAUGUGGGGGAGACUAGAAGUGCUAGACCAGCCGAUCGUGCUAUCUGUUCGUUUGCUGCAGCUGGAAAUUGUCCUCGUGGAGAAAAUUGUCCUCAUAUUCAUGGAGAUAUUUGCCCCAGUUGUGGAAAACAUUGUUUGCAUCCUUACAGACCUGUGGAAAGAGAGGAGCAUAUGAGGACGUGCGAGGAAAAGCACAAGCAACUUGAGGCAUUAAAGCGUAGUCAAGAAAUAGAAUGCAGUGUUUGCCUGGAACGUGUUCUUUCAAAGCCUACAGUUGCUGAACGAAAGUUUGGGAUACUCUCAGAAUGUGAUCACCCUUUUUGCAUAUCUUGUAUUCGAAACUGGCGCAGUAGCUCCCCAACUUCUGGUAUGGAUGUGAAUAGUGCGUUGAGAGCUUGCCCAAUAUGUCGGAAGCUGUCAUACUUUGUGAUUCCAAGUGUCAUAUGGUAUAACACAAAAGAAGAGAAAGAGGAAAUUGUUGACAGCUACAAGGCUCGCCUCAGUUCGAUUGAUUGCAAGCACUUUGAUUUUGGAAAUGGGAACUGCCCAUUUGGGACAAGCUGUUUUUAUAAGCAUGCAUACCGGGAUGGACGUCUAGAGGAAGUUGUGCUGCGUCACCUGGGAAAUGAAGAUGGUCAGACGGUGAUAGCUGCAAAUAUUAGGCUGUCAGACUUUCUUAGUGAUUUGCGCAUUAGGUGAAUAAAGUCGUCUGAUAUUCGAAUGAGUGUUGUGUGUAGCAAGAAGAUAUGUGCAGCUUUGAUGCUGGUUUUCAAUUGCUGCUAGUGGAGUACACCAGAUAUCUAUAAGAAUAUCUUGCUGGAGAAUGAGACCGGGUUUGCGGGAGAAGACAUGACGUGCUUGGUUGAUAUUUGACAACAUAAUUCAAAGAAUAAUAGUAAUAAUGGAAAUCCAGAUUAAAAAAAAAAAUAGUAAUUAUGGAAAGGAUGAGUUAUGUUGAGGAUUUGACAAUUAUAUACAUGCAUGUGUGGCUUCAAUAUUCUACAGGUUGGGUAUAGACAAUGAUUUUGAAUAAAGGAUGGGAUAUGGAUAGCAUGAGAAUACCAUACUUGUUGAGAACUGUAUAUAAAGGCAUACCGGCUUUGACGAUUUUUCAUCUUCGUUGACGGUUAUUUUUGAAAAUGAAACCAUGCUCUUAUAUUGA